GCAGGUGGCGCCGCUGUAGGUUCCCGAAUAACCGGAAGUAGAGGUUAGCGUCAUAACAACAACAACACAGCUAGCAGCGUUAGCUCGAAGGAAAGCGAAGAGUGUUUGUUUCUGCUGAUUUGGGACUUAUUAACAGGUAAGCUGGAAUUUUCUGACACCCACUCGGACAUGUCCUAUGUCUUCAUCAACGACUCGUCGCAGACCAACGUGCCUCUGCUGCAGGCCUGCAUCGAUGGAGACCUGCCCUUCGCCAAGAGGCUCCUCGAGACGGGAUGCGAUCCCAACAUCCGGGACAACCGGGGCCGCACAGGCCUGCACUUAGCCGCCGCCAGAGGAAACGUGGACAUCUGUCGCCUGCUACACAAGUUCGGGGCUGAUCUGUUGGCGACUGAUUAUCAAGGAAACACGGCACUGCAUCUGUGCGGGCAUGUGGACACUAUACAAUUCCUGGUGUCCAACGGCCUGAAGAUUGAUAUCUGUAAUCACAAUGGGUCGACUCCUCUGGUGCUGGCGAAGAGGCGCGGCGUCAACAAGGACGCCAUCCGCCUGCUGGAGGGACUCGAGGAGCAGGAGGUGAAAGGCUUCAACAGGGGGCCCCACUCCAAACUGGAGACCAUGCAGAUGGCUGACAGUGAGAGUGCGAUGGAAAGCCACUCUUUACUCAACCCCAACCUGCAGAGCAGCGAGGGCGUCCUGUCCAGCUUCAGGACCACCUGGCAGGAGUUCGUGGAGGACCUGGGCUUCUGGAGGGUUCUGCUGCUGCUUGUGGUCAUCGCCCUCCUCUCUCUGGGCAUCGCCUACUACGUCAGCGGGGUCCUUCCUUUCUCCACCAGCCAGCUGGAGCUGGUCCACUGAGGUGGAAGGCUGGGAUGAGGGCAGUGACGAACAAGCAUGGCUUAAGAGGGUAGUAAAAUAAUCAAGGGAAGUUCUGCUUUCGACUGUUUGUACCUGACACAAACUCAGAUUUUUGCUUAUUUGCUGCCCUGAUCUCAUAUUCUAUUCUCUGUUGUACAAAUAGGUAAAGCAUCAUUGUUUUGUUAUUAAAUUGCAUUUUAAAACGCAGUGAUGCAAAAGAGCAAAACCCAUUUUUAGCUAAAAACAAUUACUUAAACAAGCAACGUAAACAUUUGCGAGGUUGUGGGAUGACUAACAGAAAGACCCAGGACCAAGACUGACAAGACAUGUUGGAAGCAACACUAUGUAACUUUUAUUAAGCAACGGCGUCAUCUGAAGCGUAGAGAGAAAACACAUCUACCCAUGAUCCUCUGCUUCCUGAACCUGAAGAGCUGCUGCUGUAACAAAUCCACCAAACUCUGUUCAGGAUUCUUCAUAUUUUAACAGUUUCCUGCUGAAUAUUUUGAGAUAAACUCUGGUUUCUA